GCGCGGGGAGACGGAGCUGGAGCUGCAGCUGUUGCCGGCGCGGGGCCAGGUCAGCGGGCGGAGCGGGGACAGACCCCGGCCGGGACGCGGGAGGCCGGCGAGGGGCGGGAUCCGAGGGCGAAACGACUGCGGAACCGUGCCUGCUGGGACUUCCAGGUGUUGGGACGCCCGGGCGGCUGGGCCAGGAGAGGAUCGGGAGCCAGGACCCGGGCUGAGCGCAUACCCCUUCUCCCUUCCCGCCGGCCCUGGUCCUCGCAGCCUCCAGCUCCUUCUCCAAAUGACCCCAGGCCAGUGUCAAUAUAGGAUCAGAAGUCAAAUGGGACGCUCCUAGGAAUGAGGGAGCGGGGAGAGCUCAGUCAAAGGACCGAUGAAGGUGCUGAUACUCAGACAUCAAUUCAAGACACUGCGGGCCACGCGCCACGCUCCCUCUUCCUCCCGGUGCGAUGGGGCGUCAGACACACCGCGCAGAUGUCCGGAGGAGGGAACGAGGGAGGCUGUCUUUGGAGGCCUUGUCAACGGAGCCUCCACAAAGGAGGAGGAGUUUGAGCAUGACAUUCCCGAGGACUUGGGACCACUGCAGUUCGUGAAGCUGCGCAAACACCACUCCCUGGUGGACAACGCAUGGUUCUGCGACCACAUCACGGUGCAGGGCCCUGUAGCCUUCCAGGAGGCCACCUUCCCGUGCUACCGCUGGGUGCAGGCCGACAGCGUGCUGUGCCUGCCCGAGGGCACCGCCCGCCUGGCAGGAAACAACGCAUUGGACGUGUUCCAGAAACAUCGAGAGAAGGAACUGAAAGAAAGACGUCAGAUAUACUGCUGGGCCACAUGGAAGGAAGGGUUACCCCUGACAAUAGCUGCGGGCUGUGAGGAGGAUCUACCUGCCAAUAUGAGAUUCCAUGAGGAAAAGAGGCUGGACUUUGAGUGGACACUGAAGGCAGGGGCUCUGGAGAUGGUCCUCAAACAUGCUUACACCCUCCUGAGCUCCUGGAACCGCUUUGAGGAUUUUGAUCACAUCUUCUGGGGCCAGAAGAAUACCCUGGCUGGUCAGUGGUUCCCAGGUCUCUAUAACCCCUUGAUGGCCCCUUUUGAUGACCCGACCUUCACACUCCACAGCCCCUCACGAGACCUCCCAGAUGAGAAUAUAUUGUGCUGGGUCAUUUCUCAGAGGCCCCAGAUGAAAAGGCAGGGGCUGGAUAUGGGAUGGUCAUGUGCCUGGAUCACUGGGGUAGGGCCUGGAGGAGGGACAUCCCGGCUGUGUAAACAUCCUCCUCCUACACUCCACCCCGACCCCACAGAGAAGGUUCGCCAGCGUUGGCAGGACGAUGAAUUGUUUGGCUACCAGUUCCUCAAUGGCACCAAUCCCAUGCUGUUGAGACGCUGCACCUCUCUGCCCUCCCGGCUAGUGCUGCCCUCGGGGAUGGAGGAGCUACGGACCCAGCUGGAGAAAGAACUCCAGAACAGUUCCCUGUUUGAAGCUGAUUUCAUUCUCCUGGAUGGAAUUCCAGCCAAUGUGAUCCGAGGAGAGAAGCAGUACCUGGCUGCCCCCCUCGUCAUGCUGAAGAUGGACACCAGUGGGAAGCUGCUACCCAUGGUCAUCCAGAUCCAGUCUCCCAGCCCCAGCUCUCCGACCCCACCACUGUUCCUGCCCUCAGAUCCUCCACUUGCCUGGCUCCUGGCAAAGUCCUGGGUCCGAAAUUCAGAUUUCCAACUGCACCAGCUCCAAUACCAUCUGCUGAACACCCACCUGCUGGCUGAGGUCAUUGCUGUGGCCACCAUGAGAUGCCUCCCGGGGCUGCACCCGGUCUUCAAGCUCCUGAUCCCACACAUCCGCUACACGAUGGAAAUCAACACCCGGGCACGGACCCAACUCCUCUCAGACGGAGGUAUAUUUGAUAAGGCAGUGAGCACCGGUGGAGGGGGCCACGUGCACUUGCUCCGCCGGGCCCUGGCUCAGCUGACCUACUGCUCCCUCUGUCCUCCCAACAACCUGGCUGACCGCGGCCUGCUGGGAAUCCCGGGUGCUCUCUAUGCCUGCGAUGCUUUACGGCUCUGGGAGAUCACUGCCCGCUACGUGGAGGGGAUCAUCCACCUUUUCUACCACGGGGAUGACGUCGUGAGAGGGGACCCUGAGCUGCAGGCCUGGUGUCGGGAGAUCACUGAGGUGGGGCUGUGCCAGGCCCAGAACCGAGGUUUCCCCAUCUCCUUCCAGUCCCAGAAUCAACUCUGCCAUUUCCUUACCAUGUGUGUCUUCACGUGCACUGCUCAGCAUGAGGCCAUCAACCAGGGCCAGCUGGACUGGUAUGCCUGGGUCCCUAAUGCCCCAUGCACAAUGCGGAUGCCCCCACCUACCACCAAGGAAGAUGUGACAAUGGCCACGGUGAUGGGCUCACUACCUGAUGUCCGACAGGCCUGUCUUCAAAUGGUCGUCACAUGGCAUCUGGGGCGCCGCCAGCCAGACAUGGUGCCUCUGGGGCGUCACAAAGAAAAGUAUUUCUCAGACCCCAAGGCCAAGUCUAUACUAAACCAAUUCCAAACAGAUCUGGAAAACUUGGAAAGGGAGAUUACAGCCCGGAAUGAGCAACUUGACCUGCCCUAUGAAUACCUAAAGCCCAGCCUCAUCGAGAACAGCAUCACUAUCUGAGCUCUGGGACACCCCCACCGGGAAGACUGCAGAUCAGCUCUGGGACUGACAGUUCCAUAUUGAGUUUCAUGGUUUCCUAGUCUCUGCUGCAGAGGCUCUAUUUCCUCCCCCAAUUAAACCCCCUACAUCUGCAUCCCAUGAGCCCAAGGGCCUUUACUUUUCUGUAAAGGGCCUGAUAAUAUGUUAGGCUUUGUAGGCCACACAGUCCGUCACAGUAACUCAACUCUCCUAUUGUAGCACGGAAGCAGCCACAGGCACCGUGUGGUGUUCCAAUAAAAACUUUUUGUGUUUU